AACUCGUGUCAACACGUAGGCGAGCCGAAAAUUUAUUUGUAAAUUUUCAGCUAAAGCAAGCCUCGCAGCUGCUAAAAAUUAAUAGAAAAGUAAAUUUUAAGCGGUCGAAUAUUGAAUUGCAAUUAAGUGAACAUGGCGCGUUACACGCAACGUCCGGAAAAUGCUCUGAAAAGAGCCAAUGAAUUUAUUGAGGUGGGCAAACCUUUGCGGGCCUUGGAUACUCUGCAGGAAGUGUUCCGGAACAAGAGAUGGAACUAUGCUUACUCGGAGACGGUCAUUGAGCCGCUUAUGUUCAAGUAUUUGUACUUGUGUGUGGAGCUCAAGAAAUCGCACAUAGCCAAGGAGGGUCUCUUUCAGUACCGCAACAUGUUCCAGCUGGUGAACGUCAAUUCGCUGGAGAAUGUGAUCCGUGGCUACCUCAAGAUGGCCGAGGAGCACACUGAGGCUGCCCAGGCCCAGUCAUCGGCUGCUGUUGCAGUCCUCGAGCUGGACGAUUUGGACAAUAUCGCAACGCCAGAGAGCAUUUUAAUGAGUGCUGUGUGCGGUGAAGAUGCCCAGGAUCGUUCAGAUCGCACCAUUCUCUUGCCCUGGGUCAAGUUUUUGUGGGAGUCUUAUUGCCAGUGUCUGGAGUUGCUGCGUGUAAACACUCACUGCGAGACUUUAUACCAUGAUAUUGCUCGCAUGGCCUUUCAGUUCUGCUUGAAGUACAACCGCAAGAGUGAAUUCCGUCGUCUGUGCGACAAGCUUCGCAAACAUCUGGAGGACAUCUGCAAGAGCAGCAACCAGACCACGGGCGUGUCUAUUAACAAGGUUGAGACCCAGCAGCUCUGCCUGGAUACUAGGCUCUAUCUGUUGGACUCAGCCAUUCAAAUGGAGCUAUGGCAGGAAGCCUACAAGGCCAUCGAGGAUAUUCACGGUCUGAUGGCUCUCUCCAAGAAGACGCCCGUGCCCAAGACCAUGGCAAACUAUUACCAAAAACUUGCAAUGGUCUUCAGCAAGGCUGGCAACCAACUGUUCCAUGCAGCUGCUUUGCUCAAGUUGUUCCAACUAACACGCGAAUUGAAGAAGAAUCUGACAAAGGAUGAUCUGCAGCGGAUGGCCGCUCAUGUUCUGUUGGCCACUCUAUCGAUCCCGUUGCCAUCGGCUCAUCCGGAAUUCGAUCGGUUCAUAGAGGCCGACAAGAGUCCUUUGGAGAAAGCCCAAAAGCUGGCUAUUCUGCUGGGUCUGCCCCAGCCACCGACUCGAGUGUCCCUCAUUCGUGAAGUUGUGCGUCUAAAUGUACCCCAGCUCGUAUCGGAGGACUUCCGCAACCUGUACAACUGGCUGGAGGUUGACUUCAACCCACUGAAUCUCUGCCAGCGCAUUCAGUCCGUCGUGGACACCAUUGAGAGCGGACCAGCUGAAACAUCACUUCUAACUCCGUACAUCCAGUCUUUGAAAGAUGUGACUAUAAUGCGGCUAAUUCGCCAAAUCUCUCAAGUCUAUGAGAGUAUCGAGUUCAAGCGGCUGCUGGAACUGGCAUCCUUCUGCAACGUGUUCGAGUUGGAAAAGCUUUUGGUGGAGUCGGUGCGCCACAAUGACAUGCAGAUUCGUAUCGAUCACCAGAAACAUUGCAUCUACUUCGGCACUGAUCUCACCGAGAGCCAGCGUGAGUAUCGUCCGGAUGGUCCGACCCUGCAGUCAAUGCCCUCCGAGCAGAUCCGCUCCCAGCUGGUUAACAUGUCUACUGUGUUGACUCGUGCCGUCUCCAUUGUGUAUCCCGACCGGGAGCGCGAGCAGCGAGCCAAGUUGCGCACCCAGAUGGUACACCAUUAUCAUGAAAUCAAGGAUCGGGAGCACCAGCGCAUUCUUCAGCGUCAGAAAAUUAUCGAGGACCGCAAGGAGUUUAUUGAGAAGCAAAACAAUGCACGCGAGGAGGAGGAGGCCCGUCGCCAGGAGGAGGAGUCGCGCAAAGCCAAACUGGCCGAGCAGAAACGUCUGGAGCAGGAACAGGAGGAGCGCGAACGAAAACGCCACCAGAACGAGAUUCAGGCUAUUCGCGAGAAGAGUCUCAAGGAGAAGGUGCAACAGAUUUCCCAGACAGCCCAUGGCAAAAAGAUGCUCUCCAAGCUCGACGAGGAGGGAAUCAAGAAACUCGAUGCGGAGCAGAUUGCCAAGCGCGAGAACGAAGAGUUGCAGCGCGAAGCGAAGGAAUUGCAGUCCAAGCUCAAAUCGCAAGAGAAGAAAAUCGACUACUUCGAACGGGCCAAACGCCUGGAAGAGAUUCCACUUUUCGAGAAGUAUCUGACCGAGAAGCAAGUGAAGGACAAGGAGUUCUGGGAAGCCACGGAGCAGACGCGUAUCGAGAAUGCCAUAACCGAGCGGAAGGAUGCGGUUAGCCAGCAGGAACGUCUGAAGCGUAUGUAUCCAGAUCGAGAUGAGUAUCUGGAGGCACUUAAAAAGGAACGCGCCUCGCUAUAUUUGGAAAAGGUUGAGAAAUUCGAAAUCGCCUUGGAAGUAGAGCGGAAGAAGCGUUUGGCCGAUCGUGUAAUCCGUCGCCGCGAGGAACGUCGUCAGGCUCACUUGCGCGAAAAGGAAGAGGAGCGUCUCCGCAAAGAGGAGGAAAUUCGUAUGGCCCAGGCAGCUGAAGAACGAGCUGCUGCUGAGGCCCGGCGUCUGGAGCGCGAAGCUGAGGACGAGAAGCGUCGUGCUCAGUACGAGAAACAGCGCGCAAAGGAGGAGGAGGCCGAGCGCAAGAUCAAGGAAGAUCGGGAUCGUCUGGCCCGUGAGGUGGCCGUUGAACGUGAGCGUAGCGACAAGGAACGCGAUACUUGGCGUCCUCGUGGUGAUCGUCCAGAAGGACGACCCAGCGCCGCUGCUGGAGGAGGCGGAGCCAGCGAAUGGCGUAGGCCCGCUCCAACAGCCGAUCGUGCCGACCGUGACCGUGGAGCUGAUCGUGACCGUGGUGCAGAUCGUGAUCGUGGAGCUGAUCGUGAUCGUGGUGCAGAUCGUGAACGUGGAGCAGAUCGUGACCGCAAAGACAACGAAGCUGGUGGUGCCUCCGAUUCUUGGCGCGUACGCCGCGAGCCCGAUUCUCAGCGUAAUGCUGCACCCAAGGAUGGUGGCGGCAGCUCUGGUGGAGCUCAACCUUCCCGCGAUGACAAAUGGCGUCGUGGUGGCGAUCGGGAGCGGGAUCGCGACUUCCGGAAUGAUGGACAGGGCCCACGCCGUGGAGGAGACCGUGAGGACGAUCGCGAUCGUGGUGGUUUCCGCCGCAACGAUGGUCCACGUCGUAAUGAGGAACAGCAGCGCGAAACCGGCGGCAAUUGGCGCGACGCUCCACGUCAAAGUGACAACCGUGACAACCGUCGUCCUGCCGGCGGCGAUAGACGUGACCGAGAUCGUGACGUACGCGGAGCUGGUCCUAAGGAAGGUGGCGGCGGCGGUGGUGGCAAUUGGCGCACAGCUCCCGCCCCUCGGGACGAGAAACCUACCACCAAGCAGCGAGAUCAGCCCCAGGACAAAGAAAACAAGGCCGGCGAUGAUGGCGAAUGGACUAGCGUGAAGCGCCGUUAAAUAUGCCAAGUAAUCUGUAGAGUUAUCCCGCAUUUUCGUACUGCAGAAAUCUAUAAAGGAAACAAAUUUAUUCUAUUCUUUUUUUUUAUUUUUUAUCUUGAACAAGUUAAAUGUUUUUAUGUCAGCCAAUUGGAAAUUUGAUAACAAGUCACGCGUAUAGUCAUUAAAAUCGGCUGCAUCCAGUAAAAGGCUUAUUCAAACAUCAUAAUAAGAACGGAAUUUAUAAUUGUUAUUCUAACAAGAUCAAAUAAUAAAAUAUAAUCGUAAUUUCAAAUUCAA